CCAUCAAUCGAAAAAAGAAAAGAAAACCCAAAAAAAAAACAAAAAAAACUCUCUCUCUCUCUCUCUCUUUCUCUCCGUGACGCAUUUCUCUCGCAUUACAAUGGGGAAGAAGGGAUCCUCCCUUCUGCCCCCCUCCUGCCGCCAUCUCCUGCUGCCGCUGUUUCUGUUUCUGUUUCCUUGUUGUUGGGCGGGCAAGUCGGCGGACGACGCGCAGGCGAUGUCGGAUUUGGCGAGAAGCCUGUCGAAUCUGCCGGCGUCGUGGAAGCCCGGCGCGGACCCGUGCAGCCCGGAGUGGGAGGGCGUGACCUGCGGCGGGGGGCGCGUGACCGACAUCAACCUCGCCCGGCUCUCCCUGUCCGGCAGCCUGCCCCCCUCCCUCUCCUCGCUCUCCGGCCUCAAGUCCCUCCAGCUCCAGCGCAACCGCCUGACCGGCCCCGUCCCCUCCCUCGCCGGCCUCUCCUCCCUCGAGCGCCUGGUCCUCGACUCCAACGCCUUCUCCGCCCUCCCCGCCGACUUCCUCUCCGGCCUCUCCUCCCUCCAGUACCUCUCCCUCGACGACAACCCCUUCACCCCCUGGCCCCUCCCCUCCGCCGCCCUCGCCGGCUUAGCCACGCUCACCACCUUCUCCGCCUCCAACGCCAGCAUCACCGGCCCCAUCCCCGACGUCUUCUCCUCCCUCCCCAACCUCGUCGCCCUCCGCCUCUCCUACAACAGCCUCUCGGGCCCCCUCCCCCCCUCCCUCGCCGGCUCCCUCGUCGAGACCCUCGCCCUCAACAACCAGAAGUCCCCCGACAAGCUCUCCGGCCCCAUCGACGUCGUCGCCGCCAUGCCCCAGCUCACCCUCGUCUGGCUCCAGUCCAACGCCUUCUCCGGCCCCAUCCCCGACCUCUCCGACCUCACCGCCCUGCAGUCCUUCAACGUCCGCGACAACGCCCUCGCCGGCCCCGUCCCCGCCUCCCUCCCCGCCAUCAAGUCGCUGCAGAACGUCUCGCUCUCCAACAACCGCCUGCAGGGCCCCUUCCCGCGGUUCGACCCCCGCGUCACGGCCGAUCUCGACGUCGCCGCCGGCUUCGGGUACCCGCUCGCGCUGGCCGGCUCCUGGACGGGGAACGACCCCUGCGGGGCCGCGGCCGGCGGCUGGCUCGGGGUCACCUGCGACGCCAGGGGCAGCAACGUCACCGUGCUCAACUUCGCCAACCAGAACUUCUCCGGGACCAUCUCGCCGUCCCUCGCCAGCCUCACCUCGCUCACCAAGCUCAUCCUCGCCAACAACAGGCUGCACGGCCCCAUCCCGGAUUCGCUGGCCGCCCUCCCGCAGCUGCAGCUCCUCGACGUCACCAACAACACCCUCUCCGGGAAGGUCCCCAGCUUCCCUUCUUCCGUCACGCUGAAGCUCUCCGGAAACUCUUUCGGCAACUCCAACUCCGGAGGGGACGGCACGCCUGGGUCUUCGCCCGGUGACGACCAGGCUUCCAAGUCCAAGUCCUCCGUAAUUGCCGGAACGGUUGUAGCUGCGGUCGUUCUGAUCGUUUGCUCGGCAGCUCUCCUCGUGCAUUACCGCCGAAAGAAGAACACGAAGAAGUUUGGGCCGAUCCCGACGGGGAGCCCUCCACGGGAGCCGGAAAUGGUUAAGAUCGGCGUGGUCGGCACGAACGGAACAGGGAGCGGCGGAGGUAUAAGCCAGCUCUACAGCCAGAGCAGCGUGGAGAGCGCAACCACUAAUAUCUACGAGAGCCAGGGUCUGCACAUGUCGAUCCAGUCCCUCCGGAAGGCCACGGAUAACUUCAGCGAGAGCAACAUUCUGGGCAGGGGCGGGUUCGGGAUCGUCUACAAGGGGGAUCAUAACGGGACGCCGAUCGCCGUGAAGAGGAACGAGUGCGAACUAAUGGGGAAGAAAGGGCAAGAGGAGUUCAGAGCCGAGAUCGAUGUUCUUCGAAAGGUCCGACACCGGAACUUGGUCGCCCUCUUGGGCUAUUGCGAUAACGAUAACGAGAGGCUUUUGGUCUACGAGUACAUGCCGGGGGGCACGUUGGGUCAGCAUCUGUUUGAUCGGCAUGUGAGCGGGUACCCUCCACUUACAUGGAAGCAGAGGCUUACGGUGGCUUUGGAUGUGGCUAGGGGGAUAGAGUACUUGCACAGCUUGGCGCAAGAGACGUUUAUUCAUAGAGAUCUCAAGCCUUCGAAUAUACUGCUGGAUAAGGAUACGAGAGCCAAGGUUUCGGAUUUUGGAUUGGUCAAGCUUGCUGCCGAUAAUGACAAGUCUAUGAUGACGCGUUUGGCGGGGACAUUUGGGUAUCUCGCACCGGAGUAUGCCUUUACAGGGAAAGUGACUACCAAGGUGGAUGUAUAUGCAUUUGGUGUGAUACUGAUGGAGCUAAUCACUGGAAGGAAAGUACUUGAUGACUCCCUUCCCGAUGAAGAAAGCCAUCUUGUAUCUUGCUUCCGGCGAAACAUUCUCGACAAGGAGAGGUUCAUUAAGUGCGUCGAUCCUACACUCGAUCUCGAUGACGAGGCCCGCUGUGGCUUGAUGGAAGUGGCCGACCUCGCACGCCACUGCACGGCACGCGAGCCUUUCCAGAGGCCCGAUAUGAGUCAUUGCGUCAACUGCCUUUCGCCCUUGGUGGACCAGUGGAAACCCAUGAGCUACGAGGAUGAUGAUGCUGACGUGGAGUCAAGCUUGGGGCUAAACGAGAGACUCGAGAAAUGGAAAUAUAGUGAUACAACUUCCACAACAGAGUUGUUUGACUAGUAAAGCAGAAGCCGAAAAGGAAAUGGCUGAAGGCUCGCAAGUGCUUCAAUAAUGAAGAAAUCAAUGCCUUGUUGUGGGCAUGUACGAUGAGGAAGGUACUUUGCUGGAUAGUGUUACCUUUGCCCUAGUCGGAAGCGAUGAAUCUGCCCAGUGCCAUGUAACUUAUCCUACCACAAACUGUCGCUACUGUACCUGGGUUCGAGUGUAGUGAUUGAAAACAUUGGAUUAAAUUGUUUGUUUUAUUUGUUGUUCUUUUUCCUUUCAAUAUCUUAUCAUUCUGAUCUUAGUCCAUUAUGUAACUUAAAUCAAGAUGAAAUUUAUUUACUAUUGUAUCUUUUGAUUCUACUGAGAGAAUGAUACAAUCCGACAAGCGUCCUUUUGUCCUGAUGAUUGUGGAAUGCCAUAAUGGAUGAUUGAGUGAA